CAUGAGCAGCGCACUGAAAACAAGCGGCACUGUGUUAUACCUGCAGUAAACGGAGAGCUGCUGUUUGGAAAGUGACGGACCGAGGACCGGUGCGUAAAAGCGGAUUGUUGGACAGAAAACCACGUGGAUUGCGUCCUUUUUCAGACCAAAAACGCCGUUCAUUCUGCAGUCAACCGAAGAGACAGACAGACGGAGCAAGUGCGAAGCUCCCCGAGAGACUGACAAGCGGAGGUAGACGGGCCGAUCUAUAUCCUGCUGUUUUCCUGGAGAUCUCGGACACUUCUCCGCCAGCGCAGUUUUUACAACCGAUAGCGGAAAAGCGAGACGAAAACAAGACAUUUGUGCUUUUCAAGACUGGCCUGACACACUUAGAUACUUGGAGGAGUCUGGACACUGAAGUGGAUAAAUGACGGUUACUAAUGCACAGCUCCAGAUGUUCUUUAUCAUUUUGGCUAAUUUGGACACUUGAGCCCCCUCCUACACUGAACUUACAAUAAACAGACUGAGAACUUUACGAGAAGAGUGGUUUUAGUCGCCAACCCCUCAACCCCUUGACCUCUAACCUUCUCCUUUUCCUAAGUAACAUUUCAAACUGGCUGCCACCAUACAAAGAUGGAAAAUCUGACGUCAGAGGACAACCAUAACUGCAUCGAGACCUUCAGCAGUUAUGAAGAGUCUCUUCCGUCUGCAGAAGGGAGUCCAUCUCGCAUGGGUCGCAGCGCCAAGUCCAAAAAUAACAUGAACUGCCGGCGAAAGCGAGAAUUCAUUUCAGAUGAGAAGAAAGACGCCUGCUAUUGGGAGAAACGCCGCAAAAACAACGAGGCGGCCAAGCGCUCCCGGGAGAAGCGACGCAUCAAUGAUAUGGUCUUGGAGAACCGUGUCCUUGCACUGAAUGAUGAGAACAUGAUUCUGAAGACGGAGCUGCUCCAGCUGAAGCUGCGUUUCGGCCUCAUAAGCACGGCCUCCUACAUUGAAAAGAGUCAGCAGCUUGGAGCGAGCAACAGCGCGGCGAAUGCAGAGAUUUUAACGUCCUCCUCCUCCUCUUCUGCCCAGUACUACUCCAGUGGUUACUCUAGCGGCUCUCAGGUGAUGAUGAACUCUGACUCCUCAGAGACAGAGCAGUCCGGCCACAGGCAGCUGGUGAAAUACUCUCCACGUGGCUCCCUCUCCGAUAUGUCCGACGGAUCCUCCAGGGACAGCCCCGAGCCAAUUCCCUUUGAGAUCAAACAAGAGGUGGACAGGAUAGAGAUGGACAUUACCAAUGGCACCACCACCCAGAUCAUGUUCGACAUCCACCAAGGUCUGGCUGCUGUGCCGACACCCCACCAGAUACAUUCUCAGGAGCUGGAGGCGGUAUAUCAGAGCCAACAACAACAGCACCACCACCACCAACAACAAUGUCAGCCAGCCAACCCUCACCCACCAGCCGCCCAGAGGAGCGUCAUUCUGUACGGCUCCAGCAGCGCCUCCUAUCCCGUGGAAAGGCACCAGGACAUCGAUAUGCAGGUGGCACACAAACAAAACCAGACGAGUGUUGGACGAUUGCCUCAGUGUAUUCCAGAGAACUCCUCCACGGAGACACUGGCGGAGGUGACGAAGCAGCUGGAGAUGAAGACGUUAGACUCCCCUCGGUAUGACCUUGCUGACGAGGCUGGAGAGAGACAUGCGUACAGAGACUACCAACUCCCCCAGCAGCACCAUCAGGAGAGAGAUUCAUCAGCAGACCAGUCCCACCUGUACCACCAACUCCAGCAGCAACAGCAUUCAUACCUCAGUGCCCAAGACGAGGAGCCACCAAUGCUCACCUAUGAAAGAACGGAGUCUUACGACAGAGUCCAACCGAGCAAGGACACGUCGUCCAGUGACAUAGAUCCUGACAAAGACGCCUAUACGGACGAUGAGGAGACUCCCAUCUCAUCUUUAUCAGAUAUGGGCAACUACCAACAGCUUACCAGUCUGCACCAUCCUGUCUCGCCUCCUCCCUCCUCCCAGGGAAGCCCUCAGAUCCAGGGUCGAGAACCUGUGGGCGAGGUGAAAGGAACCGCUUUGCCCCACAAACUGAGACUCAAACACCGGGCCAUGAGUACCGGGAGCAGUGGGGGUUCGGGCCAGGAAUCCCCGACGACGCCUUCUUCUGCGACGCCGCCUCCCCUGCCCCAACAUCCAUAUUUGUCCCUCUUGCCUCAGCAGAACACUAAGCGAGAAUGCCCGGUUGGAGGCUUAAAACAGGCGGAGGCGGGCAAAAAAAAGGAGACAGGUGGACGACGAAACAAGAGGCGAGAUUAGGCGAUAACCGCUUCUCGAAAAGACAUAAUUCUGCUUCUAAGAACGAUACUGCCAUCAUGCCUUUGCCCUCAAAUCAAACCCCCUCCCUGAAGCCCUUGGGACAGGAAGCUGGGCUUUUCUACUCCCCUCUCCCUUCCUAAAAGGCUGGACAUCUUGUAGGGCUGUAUCGUAUUUGUAUAUAUUGUACAGAUUUGUCAUUUCUUAAAUCCUCUCCAUAUUUACAGAAGCACUUUUUUUUAUGUGAAGAGAGGAGGAAUGGAACUACCUGCUUUUCGUCAACAUUAAGAUCUCGUACAAACAAGAAUGUUGGAAAAAGAAAAGUUUUGAGCUUUAUUAGUACUAUAAAUUUGGUACAUAUCUGACUGUAGACAAACAUACACAUGUAUGGCUAUCUGCCUUAAUUUAAAUCUAAUGCAAACGUACACUGGGGGACAUUCCCUUGACCAAAGAUCCACCAACACUACAAAUAUCAAGUUCCAUACCUCUUCCCGACCCUACCUCUACCAACCCAUACUCUACCCGACCAUCUCCACCACCUUUAUUUUUUAAGCACUUGUUUUGUAUAUUACUGUGACAUAUGAAUAUAUGUAUCUAUUAUAAAUAUAUAUUUUGCAAAGAAAUUUGAAUACAAAUUCAACAAAAAUGGGACAAACCUGAGAUGGUUAGUGAGGGUUUUGAAAGUAACCAUCCUAAAAUGAAUCACAAUGACUGUACAGCCGUGUUGUCUGCUGCUGCUACAGGACCCAUUCGAUUAAAACACUCUCUUUUGAUUUAGUUCAGGGGUGUCAAACUCAAUUUCAUUGUGGGCCACAUUCGCAUAAAGCUUGCACUCAAAUAAUAAUAAUAAUAUAUAUAAAAUAAUAUAUUAUAUUACAUUAUUGCCUCUGAAUUGGAUUAUUAUCGGAUAGGAUAAUAACUUAGUAAUGAACUACGUCUGGAAGCAGAAGUCCACCGCAAAUAAUUGCAAGUCUCUUCAGUGCGCAUGUCACAAAACGAGAUGCAUUGUGGGACAUGUAGUUUAUGGGCAACCUGCUUCUGUAAAGUGGCAUGUAACCGUAUAAUAAACGUAUUAUAUUCUUUAAAGCUCUUGCGGGGCCACAUGAAAUCAAGUCGCGGGCCGGAUUUGGCCCCCGGGCCUUGAGUUUGAGACCUCUGAUUUAGUUAAUGCCCUGUUUACACAGAAAUGGCCGUCCAGUUUGGAGUGCCAACAGCACUGAAUGGAGAACAAGUUGUUUCCUGAGGCGAGGUGCCUCGUUAAAAUGUUUGGAUUUCUUAACCUUUAACCAGCCUUUAAAUAUUUGGUGGACUUCACCAGCUGCAGGCUAUGAGCCUUUAUUUUAUUUUAGCUUUAUGAACCAUAUCUUGUUGUUGUUGUUGUUGUUGUUGUUGUUGUUGUUGUUACCAUUCACUGGCCCAAUGUAUUUAUUUCCCUGCUCUCCACACGCCCAUCACUGUAGAAAAGCCCACAGGAUGAAGCCUUUGAACAGUAAUGGAGGUAUGGGAUGAAGAAGAGUAAAGUCAUGUUAACACUACAACGCACUGAACUCUUGUGUAGAAGAGUUACUUUACAUCAAUUGACAUGAAAUUAGGUUUUGUAGUGUGCCCAAUCAUGACCCUUGAGGUCCUUAUUGGCUCCCAGGUGGUUACAUUGUUAUGAAAUAAAAAAGGGCUGCACAAUUAAUUUACUUUCUAAUGAAAUUGCAAUUGUAAUAGGCUAAAUAUUAGUUUGAGUCUAAAAAUAUGAAAAAAUACCAUUUUAAAUGAAGUAUUGUUCAGCUGAUUAGUAUUUGUUUAGGACAUAUCCUCUUAAAUUGAUCACACCACGAUCUUUUGGAUGUUUUUCAACGACAAUGAGAAUUGUUGUUAAAAAAUGAUCUUUUCCAUAAAACAUGUAUGUAAGGCUCAAUAUGUUAAAAUACAAUUUUAGCGUUAGUAUUGUUGAGCUACAGAGGGUGUUUCUCAAUGUCGAGUACGCUUGCUUGGUAGCACAUGUCUUCCGAGUCACUUGCUUCAGAAGCGAGGCAAUAAUACUUCCUGGCAUUCGGAAAACGAAGAGUGGAACAGGCGAGCAAGUGUGCAGGUGUGCGUCAUAUGAGAGGCCCCGCCUUACAUUUUCCGCCACAGAUUGGGGCAAAUUGGUCCGUGCGCAAAGCAUUGUGGGGAUUUUAAGACCGCGGAGUCUACACAUGUGCAGCCUCGAAAUUUUUCGCUACGAAGUACGCCGGGCUCGGUAGAAUUCCAAGUAUGCUGUACAUUGGAACAGUCCUUCGGCGGCACUCGAUGACGUAGUAUGCUUGGAAUAGUGGCUCUGGAGCAGCCUUCCUCGACAUUGAGAAACACCCAGAGAUUUUUCUAGAAACUUAAAACAUAUAAAUCAUAUAGCAAUUGCAAUCAAAUUAUUUUUUUUAACUCUUGCAGCCCUUAAAUAAAAGCUAAUGCAAAACUAAAAUCCUCCAAUUGGUGCCAACGUCAAGUUUGAGCUUAAAUUAAUUCAGAAAAUGACUUCCCAUGUCUCCCAUGAUCCUCCAUUGUUCAUUUCAGGGUUGUUCAUCCCUUUCUCUACGGGCCAGUGAAACAUUUCUGCACUGGAUCCUAGUUUAGUGAAAGUCUAUGUACCCCGUUUGGCUUUUGGUGCUUGUGUAUAAAAGUAAAGUUCCCCCACCCUUGAACAACACUGUAAUGUUUAUUUCAUCGGUUUGAUGUCCUGUUUUGUUUUCGUCAAUGUGUUGUUCUGUUUUCUCUACUCUGUGUCUUUUCUAUUGACUGUGAUGACAUGUAUUUGCCUCAUUCCUCGUCGUCCCCACUCCCCUUUUUUUUCAGUGUGUAUUAAUCAGUAAUGUUUGUGGUUUUGCUGAUGGUUUUAUGAAAAAAAGAAAAGAGGAACAAAAAAAAAGAAGCAGGCAAAGAUAGUGUGGUGUUUAGAGUUGGGUGGUGGUUGGUCUGGUUGGUCGUUACCAUCGCUUCCUUUUGACGUGGAUUUGUAUGUAAAGACACUAGCGUUCAUUGUGGAAGAUGGGAGCGUUUCAAGAUUGAAAAAUAAAAGAAACAGAAUGUUGACCCUUUCAACAUAUCAUUGAAAAUGGA